AGUUGUCAACGAUAUAACCCCAAAACUAAAACUCCUUAAACCUUCAACCUUGCAAUGUCACUCUCUCUCCUAUUCAAACCCAAAUUCAUCCCAAUCUCUCUCCGCUUCCUUCCCGCCAUUUCAAUCACCUUCUUCUCCACUCUCUGUAAUCGCAAACCCCAUUUCAAUUACCCUUCAAUUGACCCACCAUUUCCAAAGAAACUCCCAUUCAAAGUCACUGUUCAUGGCCGCUCUUGGAACGAUCCUUACCACUGGAUGUCCAACAUCAACGACCCAGAUUUCGUCAAUUUUCUCUCUCAAGAGAACUCUUAUGCUGAAGCUUUCAUGGCUGAUACUAGGGUUUUUCAAAGGAAGCUUUUCUCUGAGAUGUGUAGUCGGAUUCCCGCCAAAAUUUCUACUCCUCCUGAACGUUGGGGCCCUUGGCUCUACUACCAACACAUUCCAGAAGGGAAAGAAUACCCUAUUUUGUGUAGAAGACUAGAUACAGAAGAAUCUACAGGUCUAGGAAGCUUAUUUAGUAUCAUAAAACAAGGAUUUAAAAGGGAGGAGAUUUUGCUUGAUUGGAAUGAGAUUGCGAAAAAAUAUGGUUAUGUUCAUGUGGGUGCUUGUCGGGUCUCACCUGACCACAACUUUCUGGCAUAUACUCUUGAUAAAAAUGGCUCUGAGCAAUUCACCCUUCAGGUGAAAGACUUGAGAUAUGGUCAUAUCAUCUCAAGUGUUAAAGCUGAUGCAGUUGUUAGCCUGGCAUGGGCUCAAGACGGAUCUGCUCUGUUCUAUACCGUUGCUGAUGAUAACCAGAGACCAUACAGGGUAUUUUGUACAUAUUUGGGGUCAAAUGAAGAAAAAAUAGUAUUUACAGAGAGAGAUUCUAGGUUUUGUGUGGAUAUUACUUGUUCAAAGGAUGGCAAGUUUGUUACAAUAAACUCUAACUCAAGGUCUUCUUCAGAGGUCUAUGUCAUUGAUGCAGCAAAUCCAUUUGAUAGUCUCCACAGAGUGCAUAAACGUGUCCAUGGUGUGCAGUAUUUUUUGGAACAUCACCGUGGUUUUUUCUAUGUUCUUACAAAUCAUCCUUCAGUAGAGGUUGAGAAGCUACAUUGUGGAAACUUUUAUCUUGGUAUCUGCAGAGUUGAAGAUAUAAAUUCUGCUGAUUGGCAGAAUAUUAUACUGCCCAAAAAGGGAACCAGCUUGCAGGAUAUGGACGUUUUUGAUAAGAAUUUGGUCCUUUAUUAUGACAAGGAGGGCUCUUCUAUGAUUUGUUCUGUUAAUCUGCCUAUUGAUGUCAACAACAAGCGCAUCGUGGAGAUUGAAGAUUUGAAUCCUUGGACUUUCCCUAUACCCUCUGAGCUGUGCACAAUGGCCCCGGGAUCAAACCAUGACUACAUGGCCUCAGUGUACCGCGUGCUUCUUUCCUCUCCUGUGAUGCCUGAUUUAGUAGUUGAAUAUGACUUAUCUACACGUAGCUUUAAUGUUGUUCACCAAGAAGAGGUGUCGUAUGCUACUGAAAGUGCACUUGCCGACUCAUCAAAAUUUGGUAUUGAUGGUGAACCACUAUCAAACAUUAGAAAUGAUAAGUGCAAGCGACAAGAGGUAGAAAAAUCACACAGCUGGAACGAAUUUUCGGUGAAUUAUGCUUCCGAAAUACAUGAGGUCAUUUCCCAUGAUGGUACCAAGAUUCCUUUAACCAUAGUAUACUCAAAAGAUAUGCAUCACAAGGGACAGUCUCCUGGGAUCCUUGAAGCAUAUGGUGCAUAUGGCGAAGUCUUAGAUAAAAGCUGGUCCUCAGAUCGCCUCAGCUUACUUGACUGUGGAUGGGUAGUAGCAUUUGCUGAUGUAAGGGGUGGAGGUGGUCCUGAUCCUUCCUGGCAUCAAUAUGGAAGUGGAGCUAAUAAGAUAAACUCUAUAUACGAUCUUGUCUCAUGUGGUAAGUAUCUAGUCAAUGAGGGCUAUGCUACAAAAGGUAGGCUUGCUGCCAUUGGAACUAGUGCCGGGUCUCUGCUUGUGGGUGCUGCUAUCAAUUUUCAUCCUGAUCUCUUUUGUGCUGUGAUUUUAAAGGUUCCUUUCCUUGAUGUAUGCAACACAUUGAUGGAUGACAGCUUGCCUCUAACCAUAUUGGAUUAUGAUGAAUUCGGAAAUCCUAAAAUUGAAUCUCAAUUCGAGAAAAUUAUGGAAUACUCUCCUUAUGACAAUAUAAAUAAGGGACUUUGCUAUCCUUCAAUGCUUGUCACUGCAGCAUUCAAUGACUCAAGGGUUGGAGUAUGGGAAGCUGCAAAAUGGGUGGCUAAAGUACGAGAAGAAACAUGUACAAGCUGCUCUCGUGCUGUCAUCUUGAAGACUGAAAUGUAUGGAGGACAUUUUGGCGAAGGAGGCCGUUUUGGGCAAUCUGAGGAAAAGGCUUAUGAAUAUGCAUUUCUGAUUAAGGUUAUGGGAUUGCUAGAUAACUCCAAACGUUAGGCUCGUGCUGGGGGAAUUUGUUUUCAAGAUCUAUCCUUCCACGUGUUAUCAGAUACUUCUAAAAGUCCGGACUGUUGCCUAUUGCCAUGAGAACUUCUUUAUGUUGUGGAGGUCGCCAACUGAAGCCUAAAGUCUGGCAAGUGUUUAUUGAAGAUGGUUGCUCUGUUAGUGUGGAAAGAAGAAAUUCACGUUGAGAAUUAAUUUAUGGAGCUCUAUAAAAAUGAUCUCAAUGAUAGCGGGACUGCGGGAGCAAGCUUGCAGAUCACACUUUACAGUAUAUGUUACAGGUUCACAGGUAUACUGUUGUUUUGCUGAUUCCGACUGUAAGAAACCAAGUUUCUGGUUUACACAAUUACACUACAGCAAUUUGUGCAAACUACUUGGCUUUUCAAGCGUUGUCCAAAUCCUGAUUCUAAGGACUUUGAAGAUCAUUUUGAAGGCGUUGACUGUGACUCCAUGGUGAUCAAUAUUCUUUUUUGUGAGAGUUGAAUUUAAGCAUUUGAUUAUCACUACAAAACUAUGAUAAGACUAUAAGAGUGUAUAUUUUAUUGACUCUGAUUUUCAGUCCCUUGGCCGAAGUA